GACUCGCUUGUUUCCAAAUUCGUCACGCGAAGAUUCAUCACUGACCCGUUCAUUCUGUUCUGUUCUGUUCUGUUCUGUUCUUAAAGUUUAACUCUAUGGAAAGCUCAAACGCGAAAGUCAACAAUCUCACCACCCGUCUCACCGACCCAUAUGCCUCCAAUAUUCGUUCAGAUCCAGAGGAAGAUGACGAAAAGCUUUUCGCACAACUCGAAGCAGAGAUCGAGAAUGAUGAUAAUGCAGCUUUGCGGGAGCGCGGCAUGGACCAGUUGAAGCUCGAGUAAGGAUGGAGAGAUUACAGAAUAUGAAGGCUAGUGGUCAUGGUCGCUACGAGGAACUGACAGACGAGAAGGAUGUUGUAAGAGCAAGCGCGCAUGAACCACGUUGCGUCGUUCACUUCUACCACACCAAGUUCAGACGGUGUGAAAUCAUGGACAAGCACCUUGCGAGAAUCGCUCCCAAGUACUUUGGUACCAGGUUUAUACGUGUAUUUGUGGAGAAUGUUCCCUGGCUAGUGGAGAAACUUGGUGUCAAAGUGCUACCAUGUGUAAUUUGCUUUAUAGAUGGUGUCUCGAAAGCUCGUAUUAUCGGCUUCGAAGACCUCGGCAACUCUGACGACUUCGAAACUGCGACAUUGGAAUGGAAGCUUCUACAUAUUGGCGUCAUUGAGAAAGCAGAAGCCAGUGGCUCUCAAUUUGUCUACGGUGCCAGGCCUGCUGUCCGGCAGCAAAUACGAGGACGGGAUGAUGAGGAUUUUGAUUUCGAUUUGGAUGAUUAAAGGGCUACCAAGACUGUAUAUUACCCAGUUCCAUCAGCAUAACAUACCACGAUACCUUUCGACCGGACACGAAC